CAGCCAGAUUCUGCAAUGAAGAGACCGUCCGGGUUCGCUGUCCAUGGUGCUGAAAGCCCCAAACAACUGUCCAUGGUGCUGAAACACCCAACCCAAUAUCCAUCAGAGCGGCGGAGUGGUUUGACGGGCAGUCGAGGUUGCAGCAGGCAGAGGGAGACGGUGGAAGGUAAACAGGGAGGCAGCAUCAUGGCGGACAGAGACAGUGGCAGUGACCACGGAGGGCCCACCGCAGGCCCCGGCACGCUGCCCCCGGGUGCGAUGGGCGCCAUGUCCCGGCUGCAGCACGACACCGAGGAGCUCGCUUCCAAGCGCGUCGACAUCCAGAACAAGCGCUUUUACCUUGACGUGAAGCAGAAUGUUAAAGGCCGCUUCCUAAAGAUAGCCGAGGUCGGGGCUGGGGGAAACAAGAGCCGCCUCACUCUCUCCAUGUCGGUUGCCGUGGAGUUCCGCGAUUAUCUCGGGGACUUUAUCGAACAUUACGCCCAGCUGGGCCCGACCAACCCGGACAUAGUGCAGGAUGAGCCCCGGCGGGCGCUCAAGAGCGAAUUCCUGGUGCGGGAGAAUCGGAAAUAUUACAUGGAUCUGAAAGAGAACCAGAGGGGGCGGUUCCUGAGGAUCCGACAGACCGUUAAUCGGGGGCCCGGAUUGGGAAGCGCGCAAGGCCAGACCAUCGCUCUGCCGGCGCAGGGACUCAUCGAGUUCCGCGACGCUUUGGCCAAACUCAUCGACGACUACGGCGUGGACGAGGAGCCGGCGGAGCUCCCGGAGGGCACCUCGCUCACGGUCGACAACAAGCGCUUCUUCUUUGACGUGGGCUCCAAUAAGUACGGGGUCUUCAUGCGGGUCAGCGAGGUGAAGCCCACGUACCGGAACUCCAUUACGGUUCCAUGCAAAGUGUGGUCCAAAUUCGGCAACACCUUCUGUAAAUACGCGGAGGAGAUGAGGAAGAUCCAGGAGAGGAGUAGAGAGAAACGGGCCUCUGAACUGCUACCUGAGGGCCCGCACGGCGGAGAUGAGGGCGACGAUGACUGACGCGGAUUUUAAGAGAGCAGAAAUGAAACAACAAAGACAAAACUGAACUCUGAGAGAAAACGAGACUUAUAACUGUAUAAAUAGAAAGAUAAUUUCCAAGGGAAUCACCCCACACACAACCUCCACAGACAUGGCAGCAGCUCUGCUGUCUCCUCGCUCAUUUUACUGGAUGUCACCCCACUUACCACCCAUGUUACAGUAAGCCGCUGCUAUCAAGGAUUGAACUGUAAGAUAUGAACUGUUUCCUACUUGAUUUAAAUGACAAUGAGCAGAGUGUUUAUAUCUCUAUCAAACGACAGAUUUUGCACACAUCAAAGCUAUUUCGAAAAAAAUGUUUAAAUGUUUUCAAACUGGUCAUAUACUAAGAUUUAAUCAAAAAUAAAAACCAGAGGUCUAUUAUAUAAAAUGACAGUCUUCAUGUAGAACGAAUAUUUGACAUCAGCACAAAGAGAAUAUAUUAUGGACUUUAUGAAACCAAAAUCUGAUACCAGAUGUAUAGUUUAUUAUAAAGGUACGCAGAAUAAAUAUGAAAGCGCUCUAAAAGUGUAUGAAUUGCAGAACACAGCACUACAGGCCUGUAAACACCUGUCAGCAUGCGUGUAGGCUCAUGUUUUGAAAAGAAGUUUGGCAAAGUAGCCUAUAGUCUUUAAUUUGACCUAAAACUAGUAGGCUAAUGAAAGCAUUUCCAUCCAUGCCAUUAUGGAAAGGUUGAGACUCAAAAAUAAUAGCCUAUUUUGUGCGCCUCAAACAAAUGGGAUAAAUCAAUCUCUAAGCUACUAUAAUGAAUAUCAGCCCUCUUGCACCAUGUCCAUAUAAACUUAAAUGAAAAAAAAAGUGCUAACUUAGAUGUACUAAUUAUGAUUUUGUGAAUCAGCUGUAAAAAAAAAAAUCCUUAUUAAGAUACCCACGUUUUCUGUGGGUUAAGUUUUUUCUUUGUUACUUUGUUGUUUUUGUCCUCUGGGGGGGAGGGGGUGGGGGUGCAAAAGGAUAAGGUCCACUUUGUGGGAAGCGCAAGGUGCGGAAACAAAACACAAAAAAAGACGAGUCAGCGCAGCGCGCGGCGAGGCAACGCAUCCUCUCUGACGUCAUUACGACCCGUGCCUUAUACACUCCACUCGUUUACGUGUUCUCACGUGGAUGGUCUGUGACCUCGACCGCUGUACGUUUUCAUUUACGAGUGCAGUUAUGUAGGCUGAAAUAUAUACUCACCAGGGCUGCGGGAUUCACACCCCUGCGGUGCAUGGAGCAUGGGUGGCAACAGCAAAAAAUAAGCUGAAAGGUUGUUGGGAGCUUGGGGGCCAACAAUGGUAGUGGGCAGAGUGGGCCCUCCAGAAAGAGGAGGUGCUGCCGUAUGUACACGGAGGGGUUGGGGGGGGGGGGCUCAGUGUGCUGUGGCACCCUGGAGCCCAGAAUCCAUAGCAGCACCCCUGGCCUGUUGGUCUCUCACAGAGUAGAGAUGUGUCUCACCGCCUGUGGCAGCACUGGGUGUCACCAUGGAGAUUUAUCUGGAGAAGUUACGCUUGGCUUUGCACACCAUAUGCACCAUGAUGUUAAAAAAAAAACAAAAAAAAACAAAAAAAAACAAAAAAAAAAAACAGCAACAUCAAAAAAACUAAAUCAGGAGCGGCUGGAUGAGGCUAUUCGUCAGAGCUGAGAUGGAUGCUGUUAAAGAGCCAGCCAGUCAGCCAGCCGGCCAGUCCCAUGCCGUCAGUCUGAGUGCAGUCCAGUGGAUGUAGAGGCCUCUCGGUGCAGGGCCAAGGCAGUAUCUAUCUCUUUAUGGUGCUACAGCCCCUUGAUCGUUUCUUGGGGGCCUCGCCGCUCAGAAUAUGUCACUUUUGCAUUAUUUUUAUUCUGAUUUUUUUUUUUUUCCUUCAAAGUUCUUUUCUCCACAUUAUGUUGUCCAAAACAUGUCAGGUUUCUCCGUCCCAGGCGGAGAGGAAGACGCUGACUAGUGUAGGACAUUUCAUAUUAGUGUGCAAUAUUGUGUACGUGCCAAUUGCGGCAUUGUAUCACAUGUAUAGACUAUUAAAAGACGAAAAAAUGUAUAGGCUAUGUGAUCAGUAGAUAUUUGAAAGCAUGACGAUGAGGUUGAUGCAUCUGCAUUAUAUUUCCGAAAUGUGAAGUCUUUCUUCUCAAGCACUUGCUCAAAGUGAAAAAAAAAAUAAGUCAGACUAGUAGUGAGGUAUUUUUCCUGUCACUUUCUGUAAACCAGUAGGCUGCCUUGUCCGUCUAUCAGUGCGCGUAGACUAGUUCGGGUGUUUUACGUCCCCCUACGGAGUCACCCCAGAGAAAAACCCUUGCCCUCGUUCCUCGCCUAACACACACACACACACACACACACACACACACACACAAUGCAGACAGUCAACAACCUCUAACUGUCUCCAUGUCAGCCACUCUGCAGUGGCCUACACUGAAGUUGAAUAGUAUCUUGGGGCUUGGGUCCAGGGGUGGCUGACACACACACACACACACACCCACACCCACAUACAUAGUUUCUCCCUGUUGAGGCCUCUUGUUGCUAUCUGAGUGUUUGGGAGGCCUCUAAAGUAUUUUGAAUGGUGUCUAGAACUGCACAACUUUCCCACAAGGCCUCCUGUCAUUAGAAGCCAGGAAACUGUGUGUUUGGAGCCCGAGUGCGGCCCCUCUGUCGCCUGGGACUGCCGACCACAGGACAGGUGAACUACGAUUUGACUUUGGCUUGUCUGCAGUUUCACUUGAGUUAGGCGAUAGGGAUCAGCUGCAGCAGACCCAAAGAACAGAGGAGUUUGUUGUUGUUUUUUACAAUGAGGAUGACAAUCCUUCUUUCUGUUAUGGGUAGACUCUGAUCUCAGAUCUGCUCCUCUUCCCCGCUCGGGAUUCAAAGUGUAAAAAAGGCCCUGGCUCAUUGUCCGAGCAGCAAAACUUGCCCAAAUACGCUCUGUCAGACACACAGUCCAUUCCUUCUUUUUAACCCAAUCGACCUCAAGGCUUACACUGAAGUUCUAGUUAACGAUCAAUAUGCUCCAAGUGGUUAGUUCACCUAUCAGCUUUAUUUAAAGCAGGUUGGCCUGCAACACCUGAUAUGUCUGAGCCUGGUCACAGGCCCUGUCAGAGUGGCAUGUCACCUAGGUGACACGAAGGGGAAACACAGGCUACAUGGAUUGCAGCUUUAGAGGCCUCAGCUGGAGGAAAGCUGCUAAUGUAGUUACAGCCUGGGCCUACCAGACAUGUGGGAUAGCUGAGGCUAGACUGAAGCAGAAUUCCCCAAAACACACCUGGGCUGAAACUGUAUCAGAAUUCCUAUUGAAUCCUUGCUUUAAAAAGUUGAUCUGUGUUUGAUUGGGCGUGCCUGUGGCAAUAGAGCCAAGAAAAAAUGUUCCAGAAAAUCCCAUCUGUUCCACGCAGGACGUUUUGGCCCAGGUUUGUCUCUGAGUGUUGGUGAAAGGCCUGAUGAAGCCUGGCACCGCACGGUAGGAGCUUACCAGCAGCAGCCUACCACGACCUGCAGACCCGGCUGUCAGACAGAGCCAGUUAGGACUUUUCUCUCUGUUUUGAAGAAGAACAGGAAAUCUCUUUCCCCUCAUGCGGAGAUGACUAUAUGUCCUCACACUGCCCGGUGAAUUAUAAAAAGACUAUUUCCAUUAAACACGUACAAGCCACCUAUCACUAUGUGCCCAGCAAAGCACAUCUGAGGUCAAUCUGAGUUCAUCUUGAGUUCAACAUGAGCCUGGACUCUCUGUUUUGAUACAGCACUUAUUCCCCAAACUGUUCUAGCUUUAGCUUGAUUGAAUUUAGGCCUCCAGGAGGCUCAUGCUACAUGAAGACUGGAAAUACAACACUUCCUUUCUCUCUUUCUCUUUCUCUGAUGGCCAAAUAUAAGGAGAGCCUGAACCUGCUCAUAGAGUUCACUUUGUGAAUGCCUCACUCUGUGAAACGCACACAUUUUCUUAAAGAUUAAAAGAAGUGUCGUCUUGUUUUGUUACAGACUGUAGUCGCCAGGUUCUACUAGUCAGUUGUGUUUUUAGUGCGGAAUGAUCCCGUUGUGAAACAUGACUCGUCCAUUUUGGGCCAUAGCUGUAUCUGAGUUACAGACGAGGGGGGCACUUGUGAUUUUGCUGAAAACAGUGUGAUCAAAUCUGAUUUCUCACUUUGUGAGAGCUCGCCCCGUUUCACAGCGGUACUCGGAGUGACCUUGCAGCCAUGUUGUGCCCACAUUACACGGUCACCCAUUUCUGGGACUCAAAUGCAAAAUGGUAGGCAGAUGUUUUUCGUCUUGUUUUCCGUUUAAAGCGUCAGUGGUCAAGCUGUGUGCUGUCCUCAGUGGCUCUGACUAAGUUCAGUGUAUAUGGGUUACGGUGCACUGAAGCUGUUAGCAUUGAUGAGAAUGAUGUUUUGAUUUAUUAUACAGCGGUAGCCAUUGUAGCAAUCCCUAGUCACGGUGUUAUCCUGCGUUUUGUCUGUUACUGCUGCAGUGUUCAUUUUGUCCAAUUUCAUUUAACAUGGCUUAUUUUUUUGUUGUUCAAACAACAGGUGACCAGACCAUUCCUUACACAUUUCAACUGAUGGAAAUAGAAGAAAAAUUAAACUGUAGACAUAACUCAAAAGUGCAGCAGUAGCUACUUGUUGCAUGUACUCAAAUUCAGAUUGCUAUGAUGGCUCCAGCUGUAGGUGCUUCGUCUGCUUGUUCCUCCUGUCUUGAACAGGGAGAUUAUUCAUGCUUCUGACUGCAUUCAAACAGCCACAUGCACAUGACUUAAAACAGCAAACUUCCGCAAUUGAAAUGUGGGUGGUGGCUACCUGCCUCUACCAAACUGUACAAGUACUGACUUAAAACAGACUGAACUUCCAUAAGGUGUUCCAGAGAACCAAAUCUGCUCUGUUUCUGGUUUCAGUGUUGUAGUCUUUCAUUGGCCAUUCAGAGUUCCUGGUUAAUCACACAGCCAAUCACAGCCUCUGGUCAAAGCCAAGCACUAUAUGACUCAUCACAAACCACUGACAGAGGAGCCCAUUCAGCACGUCUUCUGUUUGCACACGCACCGAGUAGUAGGGUCCAUCAUGUUUGCAGACUGUAUAGGCUACUGUUGUGUAUAGUUAUAAAGACGUUCUUUUAAAUGUUUGAAGAUGUUGGGAAAUGGAUCCUGGAUUUUAAGGGGUGGGGUCAAUGCACAAUGAACAUAUCCCAUGUCACCGUUUGGUCUAAAUCCCUUUACCAUCCCCAUAUGAGAUAAUAUGUUGUAUCUUUCAAAAAUAUUUUAUCUGUGGCGUGUGUGUGUAUAUAUAUAUAUAUUUAUAUAUAUAUAUAUAUAUAUAUAUAUGGUUUGUUAUAUAUGAUGCUCCUCCUUUCAGAAAAAUAUAACAUGUAAACAGGAAAAACAUUGCUGUUUUUUUCCUUUGUAUUUUAUACUUACAGAAAGCAUUGAAUAAAAAUGGAUAAAUACUUGCACUUUAGAUAUAUUAAGAAAAAUAAAAAUCUGCAUAUUAUUUUUGAUAGGGAUCUCACAUUCAAAGAGUAUAAAUUACAGGCUUUGUGACUAUUGCUGGACAGAGAUGUAUUGAGUUCUACUUAUUGAAGUAUAUUUUGUCUGUGUGUCAGAAGGUUUACUAAAGUAAAUUGCAUGAUAAAGUAGUGCUACACCGAUAUUGUUCUUUUUUUAGUUGGUAAAAAUGUCUGAAAACUGUGAUUAACAACCCUCUUGUAUCAUGUUUAACCUCUCCUCACCCCUUCUAGAAUAUUUCUUACUGAAAUAUGGCCUUUCCUGACUACAUGACGAUGGUGCUUACUUUGGCUUUGACAUCAAGCUCAUCCUAUACAUCUCAACAUCAUCAUAACUCGCGUCCUUACACUUCAUUACUUUCUGUUAUGUACUCUCACUUCCUUAUUAAAUUUCCGUUGAUGGCAAAAAAAAGGUGUGCUGUUUUGUACAUUGCUGUUUGUUUUAAUGUUGGGGGAGACUUGUUGUCUGAAAAAUGACUAAUCGCGCAAUAAAUGUCAUUCCACAUG